AAUAAAAUACCUUCUUUGCAAUAAUAGAUUUAUCUCUGAGUUGUAAGGGAUAAUUUAAAAUACUUCUCAGUGCAUGAUUGCGAUGCAUUCAGGUGUUUAUGAGUUAAGGGCGGGCGGCCACGUGGUGUUGUAUCGGUGUAGAGUGGAAUGGGGUAGGGCAGGUCGGAUGGGGUGUCUGGGUGGAUCGAUGGCGACGGCAGCGGCACGGCGGGCCGGGCAGGCGGGCAGUGCCGCGGCGGACGCGGGCAGAGCGGCGCGGUCGCGGUACGGUGUCGCGCGUCCGGCACGUCGAGCACGUGCGCGCCCGCCACGCGCCGCCCGCGCACUCCUCUCAGACAUGGACGCGCUCUCCGAUGACGACGAAUACACACGUAGGGACCCGCAGAUUAGUAGUUUGGUGGCGACACGGGGCGACGCUUCCGGAGCUGCCGUGCAGCGCGUGGGCGCAGCUGUGUGUUGCGCGGUAGAGCGCUUUGUGGCCGUGGGAGAGACCAUCGCGGACGACAACCCGGACGUACGCCACAGCAUGGUCCUGGCGUGCAAGGAGGCGCGAGCCGCAGGUCGUGCGAUCGAGCGGGUGUGUGCGGGCGCGGACGGCGCAGGCAUGGUGUCGGCGGCGCGGUCGCUGCUGGCGGCGGUCACGCGCGUGCUGCUGCUCGCCGACAUGGUGGUCGUGCGACAGCUACUGCUAGCCAAAGACAAGAUCCUUCAUCAAUACCGGCAGGUGGCGCGCUCGCUGGACCGCCUCGAGUCCGUGUCCAACUUCGCGGAGUUCGUGCGUGCCUUCACCGAGUUCGGCGGCGGGAUGGUGGAGCUGGCCAGGCUGACGGCGGAGCGGAGAGCGGACCUGAGAGACGAGCGGCGGAGAGCACAGGUCGCCGCCGCGAGGAACGUGCUGGAACGAUCUACGCUUAUGCUACUUACCUCAUCCAAAACUUGCCUUAGGCACCCCGGGAGUGCCAGCGCGCGGGAGAACCGCGACACCGUGUUCUGCCAGAUGCGGCGCGCCAUGGACCUCAUCCACUACGUGGUACGCGACGGGCUGCCUGGCCACGACGACCACUCGCAGGAGUGGACCUUGAAUACGUCUAAAAAGGAAAACCCGCAGUUGCAACCUUUCUCGGAUAGUCGUGAACAGGCUGCACAAUGGGAAGCAGGUACGGCGUUAGGCUCGCUUCGGGGGCUGACGUCACAAGUCCGGGCAGCGCGCGCUCGAGGCGGCGCGGACGCGCCGCGGCGGCGUGCCCUCGCGUCGACGCUCCGCGCCCUGGUGGAGCGCACGCACGACUUCACCGAUUCCGCCUACACGUCGCACAACCACCGGCAGCGGAUACUGGCCCUCGCCGAGCGGAUAGCGUACGAGCUGGAGAGGCUCGUCGCCGUUGCUGUCUCAAUGGAGGAGCAAGGCGCGACGGGCAGCGGCGCGGCGCUCGAGAGCGCGAGCGUAGGCGCAGCGAGCGCGGCGGCCGAGCUCGAGCGAGCGCUGGUGGAGGCGGCGCGGGACCAGGCGCGCGACCUGGGCCCGCUCGCCGACGACGCGAGGAGGCUAGCCUCCGACCUUGCACACAUAGCUAGUUCCUGUGGUGAGAGAGAAUCAGAGAGACUGCACAAUAUAGCCAGCCGGCUCCACGAACAAUUAGAUCACAUAAUAGAGGUAUGCAAAUUACUUAGGCACAUAGCAAUGUCGGAGACGUUGCAAGUGAGCGCGAAGUUUGCAGAGAUUAACCUGAGGAUAUACGGGCCACAAGUGGUGACGGCUGCGCGGACACUGGCCGCACACCCAGGCAGCGCAGCGGCGCGGGAGAACCUCGACGUGUUUGUGGACAUGUGGGCGUGGUUGCUAGCAGACGCGGCGCGUCUGGCGCGCGAGUUACUCGACCUGACGGGCGAGCGGCAAGACAAGCAGCAGUAUAGCAGUUUGCCUAGGCCAGGGAAACAUGGAACGACGAGUAAACCGUUAAAAGCAGUCAAAUUAGACUCUGAAGAACAAGCGAAAAUCGCCAAGUCAGGAUUGGAGAUGAAAAUGAUGUCUUCGGAGAUGGACGCGGAGACUGAGAAGUGGCAGGGGGCUGCUGCCGACGAGAACAACGACAUUGUGAAGAGGGCAAAAAAUAUGUCUUCCAUGGCCUUCGCUAUGUAUCAGUUUACAAAAGGCGAGGGCCGUUUAAACACUACCCAAGACCUCUUCACGCAAGCGGAGUACUUCGCCGAGGAAGCGAAUCGACUGUAUAAAAUAAUACGACAAUUUUCAUACCAGGUACCAGCAGGUACAACGAAAAAAGAAUUGUUAGAACAACUAGAUAGAGUCCCCACGUACGUGCAACAACUACAAUUUACAGUAAAAGAGCCGACAGUAGGCCGCGCAGCCACCUUCAGUAAGGUUGACAACGUCAUUCAGGAAACUAAACACCUUAUGAACGUCAUAAGUAAAGUCGUCACUACAUGUUUCGACUGCGCCAACAAGGUGACUGCCCUUUUCUCUCACAUAUAUGACAUAUUUACAAUUUUCGAGCAACACGUCGCACUUUUUGAAAUCCUGAAUUUUCUAGGCAACAUUAAGACUUUAGUGCAUUGGAACGUAAUGUUCCUUAGGUACCUUUGCCGUGGGAGUCGAGUGUGGGAGUGGUUAAAAGGCACCAGAGUGUUGCACCUUACAAACUGGACUUCACGGGGCUGUCGGCGGGCGAGGCGGUGCGCGGGCGCGGCGCGGCGCGCGACGAGGACCCGGCGGGCGGCGGCGGCGGCGACGCCAAGCCGGGCGGCAGCUCGGGCGACACGGCCAUGUGACAGUACGGCAUGGGCCGGCGCGGCAAGGGCGACGCGCGCCGGACCAGGGUCAGCUUCCUCUUGUUUUAAAGACUGCGUCUCUAAAACGAACGUCGCCUACGGUCGGCUGGAUCGCUCUCUUGCGGUUACAUCGCUCUCGUGAAAGAUGAACCGGUGAUGGACGUAUAGAUUUUGAUGUCGGUUAUUACUAACGAGUUUUGCUGCUUAGAUACUUACCUCCCUCGAAGUUUUACAUUCGUAAUGUUCGUAUUCGUAGUAGUUUUUCGCUAGAUACUAUUUCUAAUACUCUAUUAUAGUAUUUUCUGAUAUCUUUGAAAUUUAAAGAAUAGAUAAAGUUCUGUAUUUUAUGAAUCUCUCUAGCCGGAUCUUUGAAGAUCCAUCCGAGUGAUGGUAGAGAGAAUCGAGUUGAGUAUUAGUCGUACAACGAAAUAUAAACGAAGCGAUGCGUCCGCAAUAUUGUUUGUAUCCUGGAAGAUCACAUGGAUCAGCGUCUACUAUCGACGUAGCCUUGUAGCGCUGUAUGCAUGUGGUUUUACACUCCGACUCUGAAGGCUGUCAACCGUUUAACAGUAGGAUGACGAUACGAACCGAUAUCGCGACUGUUCGAUGGUUGGCAGCUACACUUAAUGUAAGAUGGACAGUACGAUAAAUUUAAAGUAUUUACGGAAAUAAGUUUUGGCUAAUCACUUGCGACACACAAGCGCGCCCUCUCGCGGACUUCAGGUCUAUUCUCUUCUAGAUAAACUAGGUAGUUAGUAAAUAGCAACAAGUAGGUAGCGAGCGCGCGGUCGCGACGCAUUUGGCUGUGCAAAAAUAAUAAUCUACUAAGUAUUGUGUUCUACAGCAAUUUCUAACUGUAUUCGUAGACUAGGGAUCAGGCAUUAAAGAUAUCGACAUUACAUGCAGUUGUUACAAUCGUUACGAAUUUUAUCUUUAUUACUAUUUUGUGAUCGGUAAGAAAAGAGUGAAAUCGUACAAUAAAUACUUGUUAACUACACACUCAUAAAUAAUGUUACACUACCUAGUUAAAUAAAAUACGUAUGUAUACAAUAACACUGAAUAAUAAGUACAAAGUAUUUCCUAUUUCUUUAUGUUUCCCUUUCUUAAGCUUAUCUAAGUAUGUACCUACCUUUCUUAUACCUUUUAUCUACCUACUUGUAUUUUAAUCUAUGGUCAUUUUCCUGUAUAUAUUACCUCACACCCCGGAUUGUUUGUCUUUACGCUAUUUGUCUUUCCUACUUGCACCCUUCUGCACCUUCCGUGGUCCUGUUGCACAUUUUGUUUAUGCACGUUUGGCUUCCUUCAUUACUUUGGCAUCAGAUCAGACGCUCUUCCUAACGUCACGUCAAUGAAUAUUUACAUCUUCAGAACGACACAGCGUCACUCGCAUUCGAUGUUUACGCAUUACUAGAAGUUUCUCUUUCAACGAGUUCGUGUACAUACGUAGGUAAAUAUGAGUUCGGUUGAUGUCUUCGAUUCUGCGUCGUCCGGAUGGCGACUUUUGCAUGCUUGUGAAACGGAUCAAAUAGAUGUGUGUUGCAUGUGUGUACGUGAUUAUUGUAUUGAAUGUCGUACUUCAUCUUUCUGACGGGGGAUGUUAAGUAAUAAGAUAAGGGAACUUGACUCUGGUUGCUAAGAAGCAGCACCUACGUCGCCGAAACGCAUGGUGUUAUAUAGACCUUCUCUGCGCAGGUGGCAGCACUUACUGCAUGCUAAGGCACAGAAUACACGUUGAAUCAUCUUUGCGCGUUGAUAACCAAUUUACUUGGUGACUUCGCGCGUAUAAGCGGUGCGCCGGCAGCGUGUGUGAAGAG